AUAACAUUCUAAUAUUCAAUUAUUUAAAUUAUGUCCAGUCCUUAUCAUUCACCUUGCAGAGAAGAGAUCAGAAAAGAACAUAUAAUCGGUACCCUUCACGCAGAAAAUGAGGAUAUAAGAAGAAGCAAAGCUCAUGAAGCAGAUGGAUUGGAGGAAUCCCUCCACAGUGCACAAUAUGCCUUGGAUAAAGCUACUGGGGACAGACUAAAACUUGAGAAUAACUUCAAGAUCCAGGUUGAUAACGAUGCCAUUGUUAUAAACAGACUUAAGAAUGAAGGAAUUGAUUUGAAGCAUACCCUAGCUGAUAGAAAUGAAGAGAUUGCAAGACUCAGAUCAACACUCAGCAACCUCAAAUACACUGUUGACCUCAAACUAGGAGAUGCUAACCUUCUUAGAGAAGAUAAUGCCCACUUGAAGGACGUUGCCAAUAGACUUGACAAGGACACAAAGAUUGAAAUUGACGUUAACACCGGUCUUAAAGCUGACUUAGAUGGCACUGAAGCAAGGAAUAGAGAUCUUAGCAAUGCCUUCGUUUCAAACAGAGACAAGAUUAGAGCCUUAGAGGUUGAUAACGAUAACUCCAGAGCCCAUCAAGACAACCUCAACAGAGAUAUUGACUCUAUUGAACCAAGAAUCAGAGAUGCUGCAGCCCAAAUUCAUGUCUUAGAUGGAAGAGCUAGAGGAUUUAGAGCUGAUCUCGACCAUAUAGAUGCCUCUAUUGGAGACCUAAGCGGAAAGUUCGAUGCUGAAAAGGAACUGUAUGACAGAAUCCAUGGAGACCUUCUUAAGGAGACCGACAAGAAUGCUGCUCUUCAAGAAGACCACAGAAGAUUAGUGGAUGCAAUUGAAAAAGCAAGAGCUGAUAUUGAUGCUUUAAGAAGAGAAGUUGAAGACCUCAAUGAAAAAGUUAGAGUUCUUACCUCAAGUAAUGCAGAUUUGGAAUACCAACUUGCUGAGCUAAAGAGACAUAUUGAAGUAUUAACAAGACAAAAUGAUCAGCUUAACAUUGAGCUGAACGGAAUUCUGGAUCUCGAUAGAAAAGUCAGGGAAGAACUCGAAAGAAGAUCUGCCUUAAUUGAAAAACAAAAAAUGAACGAAGAGGAAUUAAGAAAGUCUUUGAUUGAUGUUGAAAAAACAAGAGCUAGUUCACCAAGAAGAGCCUAAAGCGGGACUACAAAUUUUAUCAUAGAGAGGCCA